AUGCCCACGAGCUGGAGUGCUGGCGCGGUCGCCACGGCCGUUGUGGUCCUCAUCUUCGCCACCCGCACGGCGCUCUUUGUGCUCGACAGGUCCCGCUACACCAAGCCGUGCCUCCUCAAGCAAAUGCUCUUCGUCGCACUCACCCUUGUCCUCGGCUUUGGCGCGGUGCUAAGUUUUCACAUUGCACAAGCCAACGCGUCAUCAACGCUGUCGUUCGAGUCGGGCGACCUCCAGUUCAACGUGCAGUGCCUCUUUAUCGCAUGCGGCGUUGGCGUCUGCGGUGCCAUGGCCAGCGCCUACAUCGCGAUGGACGACCCUUUCUACUGCAUCACGGAGAAGGAGGCGCGAACCAAGCUGCUCAUGGCGGGCCUCGGCGAAAAAAUGACGCUCUCCGCCAUGCUCAACAAGCGCAAGACCGAGCGCGAGAUCCAGUAUCAAGCGCGCUUCUCCAACCUCCGAUGCGUGACCGUCGGGGCCAUCUUGUGGUCGAUCACGGUGACAGCCGUCCGCCUUCUCGUGACGCAGGCGCGGGUUGGUAUGGUGACGACGUCGCCGUGGUGGGUGCUCUGCCUCGCGGCGGGUGUGACUCAGUGUACAGCGUGGGUUGCGUUCUGGAGCAUCUUUCGAUUUAUGACCUUUUGGCCCCGGGCAGCGCGCCUACGGUGGUAUGCAUCGGCGCUGCUCGCUGCGUCAAUCGCUGUGCCGCAGUACGUGACGCUCGCGUGCUCGACGCACGAGGUGGACCCUGUGCCGCCAGGAUUGGGCGUCGCGGCUCCGACGCUCGUGGCCAAUGUCACCUUGGUGGCCCUAUCUCUCGUGGUCGUGGUCCUCCUGGGGCUCCUGCACUGCGGCAGCCACCGUCUCUUUGAAGACAACAGCGUGCAUGCAAUCGUGCCGCUUGACAGCAGCAGAUCCAAGCGGCAUUUGUCGAGCAUCACGUUGCACUCGAGCUCGCGCUCGCUUCGCAUGAACAGUGCACGCAGCCUCGUGCUCAACCGCCCGCGCUCGAGUCGGGUCGUGACGUUAAAGUAG